AAAAAAUCCAGCAUAAUUCGACGAGUACAUAUACACUCAAACCUAUAAAUAUACUAUACACUACGCACAAUCCUAUCAUCCAGUCCAGCCAGCUCGCAGGAAUAGGAACAUCAAGAAGAACUACUAAACUUCAUCCAACCCACCCCGCAAAAUCCUUUCAAACCAACAACCCCCAAAGAACAUCUCCAAACAUCUACAUCUACAUCUACACCCAAGAAAAAAAGGAUCAAAAUGCCCCCAACCUACCAAAUAAUCCCCGCCACAACCACCCACCACCUCCUCGGCGCCCGUACCCUCUUCACAGCCUACGCCGCCUGGCUGAACAUCGACCUAACAUUCCAAAACUUCCAGGCCGAGCUAUCCUCUCUCCCCGGGAAAUACAGUCCCCAGGAAGGUGGUGACCUUCUCCUCGCAUACAGCAGCAGCGCAGACCCCUCCUCCUCUCCGCUGGGCUGCGUGGCUCUUCGUCCGCUCCCAGUCAAGGACGAUGAGCGACAGCAACUCUGCGAGGUCAAGCGGCUGUAUGUUGCGCCUGAAGCGCGGAAGAUGGGACUGGGGCGGGCGUUAGUGAGUGCAAUUGUGACGAGUGCGAGGGAAUUAGGGUAUCGGGGGAUGAGACUCGAUACGUUGCGGAGUAUGGAAGGGCCGAUUCGCCUGUAUCGGAGUCUGGGGUUUGUGGAGGUUGGGCCGUAUUAUGAGACGCCUUUGGUGGAGGAGACGGUGUUUUUGGGGUUGGAUUUUGGGGAGGUGUAGAU